AGUCGCAGUUGUCUUCUCUUCUCUCUCUCUCUCUCUCUCUCUCUCUCUCUCAGCUUCGACUCUCCAGUUUCGAUUUACCAAAUUCUUCUAUACAAUCAUCUUCCUUUCUCCAUCAAAAUUCGUCUAAAAUUACCAGUUCUUCUCCGCCAAUACAUCGGAUGUUCUAUUCAUUUUUAAUCCCCAAAGAACAAAGCAAUAACAAGGCAAGAGAAUUGUCCUCUGUUACACACUCCGAUCCUUCGUCCACAAACUAGCUAUUUCCUUACCCCGAUUUCUACUCUUUAAAUAGCCAAACACUAACCAUUCUACGAUUUCUUCCAAUACCCAAUUCUCAAAAUAUCUUCCUUUUUUUUGCCAAAAAGAUGAGACUGUUCUGAAAGAAAAAGUUUAGAGAGCCAAAAACAGGCGAAGAUGGAUUUUCUAAAGGGAAGAAUAUCCCUUCCCCCUUUACCAGUCGGAAAAAGAUGGGUUCUUCCCAUCUUUGUGAGCUCCCUCGUCUUCGCCUUUCUGCUCCUCACCUCUCUCAACAUGGGCAUGCUAGCCUCUCUCUCCACUCUCAACGCCGCCCUCUUCUCUCCAGACAUCGACACAUCCACUCCUUCGCCGGCACCGUCACCGCCUCUUCAACCGCCUCCACCACCUGCCGUCAUCAUCCCCCGCCUCGCCUACCUCAUUUCCGGCUCAAAAGGGGAUCUUGACUGCCUAUGGAGAACUCUCUACGCCCUCUACCAUCCUCGCAACAUCUACGUCCUACACCUCGACCUCAAAUCGCCGGUGGCCGAGCGGAAGAACCUCGCCGCUCGCGUCGCGAACCAGUCUCUAUUCUCCAUGGUCGGAAACGUGCACGUCAUCAGCAAAGCGAACAUGGUGACUUACAGAGGCGCAACAAUGGUGGCCAAUACUCUUCACGCUUGCGCAAUUCUUCUCAAGAAAAGCAAAGACUGGGAUUGGUUCAUCAAUCUCAGUGCUUCGGAUUACCCUCUUGUAACGCAGGAUGAUCUGCUGUUCACUUUCUCGAAAUUACCGAAAAAUCUCAACUUUUUGGAGCAUACGAGUGUAUUGGGAUGGAAGGAGGAGCAGAGGGCGAAGCCAUUGAUCAUUGAUCCUGGGCUUUACAAGAAGAGCAAGUCUGAUGUUUUCUGGGUUUCGCCGAAAAGAGAAUUGCCUAACGCGUUUAAGCUGUUCACAGGAUCUGCUUGGAUGGUUCUAACUCGGGAAUUUAUCGAGUUCUGCAUAUGGGGCUGGGACAAUUUACCAAGAACUCUCCUCAUGUACUACACCAAUUUCCUCUCCUCGCCUGAAGGCUACUUCCAGACAGUAAUCUGCAACUCUCAAGAAUUCAAUUCUACUGCCGUCAACCAUGAUCUCCACUACAUAACGUGGGACAAUCCACCGAAGCAACACCCGCACAUUCUCACCCUCAACGACACUGCCAAAAUGAUCAAAAGCAACUUUCCCUUUGCCAGAAAGUUCAAGAAGAAUGAUCCAGUGCUCGACAAGAUCGACGCCGAGCUUCUUCGCCGGCCAAAGAAUGCGGUGGUGCCUGGCGGAUGGUGUGCAGGUACACCGAAGUGCUCGAAUAUCAGCGACGAGGGGAGGCUUGACCCUGGGCCUGGAUCACAAAGACUAGCACAGCUGAUGGAUAAGAUAGUACUCUUUGAUUCAUUUAAGUUGGAUCAAUGUAAAUAGCUGCAAUCCUAUAAAAAGAGAAUGAUCAAAAUAAUCUUUUGACUCUUUGCGAAUGAUCAAAUUGAUCUCCGGCUUUUAAAUAAUAUUUUUUUAAUAUUUUUACUUUCAAAUGGAGACCUAAAUAAUGUGUUAUAGUAA